GUGCUUUGUGAAACUUAAAAAAUUUCAUUAACAUCUCUUAAAUACUGAAAUGCUAAUGCUAUCCAAAAAUAAUAUAAGGAUUUACACAAUAUAGCAUCCAAGCUAAACAAUGAUUCAAAAGAAACUUUACCAAGCAACAAUCUAUAUUUGGUGUGCAUCAUUUAAUUUUAGGAUUGAAGGUAGAAGAGAUUAUGAUCCCAUUUGCAUCCAUUUAUUGUAUUUUUCAAAUGAACUUUAUAAUAUUUUUUAUUAUGGCGGCCAAAAUAUUAUAAUUGGCAGAAAAAAAAAAUACUAUUCCGGUAUUCCAAAUAAAUGUCCCAUUCAAAGAAAACAAAAACAAAAACAAAAACAAAAACAAAAAGGGACAAUUUUUGGAGAAAUCGCCUUAAAAAAAAAUUAAAAUUAAAAUAUGGGGAAAAUAAAUCACCAUCAAAGAAAAAGCUUUCUCGCCCAAACUCCAUUUCUCCGCCCUCUCUCAUGCGGCGCGCUACAUAUACACACGCAAUUCUCAGAACACUUCACCUGCCAUUUCUUCCACUGCUGAGCUCAUAAAACACAUCGAGGAGGAGAAUCCCAGACUUAUGUCCGGAACAGUGCAGUCGAUGGGCGGCGUCGGCCGGUUGUCCCUGACGACGGCCACCGGGAUCAUGGUCGCCGCGGUCAUCGCCUUUUUACUGCUCUUUGUCCUCGCCUUCUUCAUGUACCUCCGCGCCAAGCACUGCUGGGGCGCCAUCCCGGUCUCCCGCGGCGCCCCUGCCUUCUUGGCCUCCGCCCCGCGGCUGCGGGGCCUCGAAGUUCCCGCCGUCGCCGCGCUCCCUUCGGUGCUGAUCCGCUUCGGGGGCUUGAAGGAUUGCGCCGAGUGCGCGGUCUGCCUCUGCGAGCUGUCGGAAGGCGACGCCGCGCGGCUGCUGCCCAAGUGCGGCCACGCCUUCCAUGUCGAGUGCAUCGACAUGUGGUUCCUAUCCCACUCCACCUGUCCGCUCUGCCGCAGCUCGGUGGAUCCCGAGGUUGCCGAUCGCGACGCUCGCUCAUCGGAAUCAUCGCCGGAUUCUGCGGCGAAUGUGCUGCUUUGUGCCUCGGACGAUCAGGUUAAUGGCCCAAGUUCUCUCGCGAGCUCCAGCACUUUGAGCUCUUCUUCUUCAGAGGAAGCAUCGGUGAUCGAGAUACCGAGGAGAGCGGUGGACGGGUUCCAAACUCCGAAUUCGCCAUUGCCCGUGAGAAGUCUCCCAGAGGAAGAGACCAGAUCGCCCACAGCACCGACGUCGAGAUCACAGGGAUGUUAUACGGGGACGAGUUCACGAAUGGCUGCCGCAUGAUGCAGAACGUAUGCUUCACUGAGUCUGUCGAAAGGUUUAGCAUCAACAUUUCCAUUAGAUUUGCACAGGUAGUAAGUAGUCGAUCUAUGUCAUGUCAAUUAGGAAUUCCAUAACAAGGAUGAAAACAAGUGCAUGUGCAUAUGUUUUGCCGAUUGUAAAGAAAGGCAUUUGGGGGUAUUUUAGAAGCUUGG